GUACAACAAAGCUUUGUGUAGCCUGGUGUCUGUUGCAUUGCGCUUCGGCGAGACUUGAUACGGAGUGAGUCAGUUGUGCGCCGCGUUUUCAUAUCUUUCAUUUCUCACAAGCUCAAUUCACAUAGAAUACAGUAAUACAUAACACGGUUGCAACACGCUCCUCGGUCAAGGCGUACUGUCGCACCUGAGUCGCCCCGACACCGAGCGCUGGCUCCCAACAACGUUUUUUAAGUGAUGAAUGUAUCUUGUAUAGGCUUGAGAAAUCGAUUGAAAGAGGCCCGUAGGCUGCGUUAAGCCCGCAGCGGGGCGUUUUCCGGCAGCGAGUUCAGGAGGGCCGACAUGCCGAGCUUAAUCUCAAACUGUUUCGGCACUUCAGCACCUCAGGAUGCAUCAAAGGAAGCCAAAGAACGGCCGCAGCAGCCACAAGCCAUUGGCGGCCGUGCCACCCCCGCGGAGGGUCACACGGCGCCGGGCCGGCCCUCCACUGCCGAGAGCGUGUUGAGCACACGCACCAGCGUUACGAGCGAUGGCCACAUCCACCCACCAUACAUGAGCGCCAUGGAUACCGUGCGCUCCUCCGCUCUGUUCGAGCCCGCGCACGCGUUGAAUACGAUGGGGUCGCACCGACACUCCGGAGGGCAGUCCCGGCCAGCCAGCGCCGCCCAAGCCAAGAUGGGCAGCGACCAGCCGCCUCCUGCCGUCACACAGGCGUACAAGUCGCAGAACGGGCCCCGGACGACGCUGUGGACGCUGCCGUGCGGCCCCUUCCAGCGCCUCAACGUGGUCGACGGAGCCCCCGUGAACCAGGAGUACAUUGAGGGCCUGAAGCCGCUGGAGGGCGGCGGCGAAGUGGCCAGCGAACUCCUGGAGCCCAAGGACCGCCUGUGGCGCCAGGUGCACGGAGUCAAGCUGUCGCUGUGCGACGUGACGCAGUAUGUGGGCUAUGUGCGCCACCACCUGCGCGGUGGCGACCAGCACUCGCACCACCACGAGAUCUGGCGCAUGUUCCUGGUGGUGGCGCCAAACAACGAGGGCGCCUGGCUGUGGCCCGUUGGGAGAGAGACGGACUUUGAGAACAUGGCCACCCUGGACCUCAACAUGAUCCGCUGCACGGUGUGGAAGGAGGGCGUGUGCUGGCUGGACCUGUCCAACUCCAACCUCACAGCGCUGCCGCCCGACCUGCACACCAUGACCUCACUGUCGCGACUGGAGCUCCAGUGCAACCGCCUGACCUCGAUACCGGACUCCAUCACGGCGCUCACCAAUCUGGACUACCUGAGCUGCCACAGCAACAGCAUCCAGACCGUCACGACCAAGCUGACGGAGCUGACCCGGCUGCGCUGGCUGUCGCUGAACGCCAACGAGCUGACUGUGGUGCCCAACGUACCGACCAGCUUGGAGCGGCUGUCGCUGCACAUGAACCAGAUCGCGGGGCUGGCCUACUGCCAGGCCAACGGCGGCACCGGCGAGCUGCCCACAGAGGACAACGGCGACGGAGGGCCGCUGGCGCGCUGCACCAACCUGAUUGUGGUGUCGCUGUUCACGAACAAGAUCCCCUACAUCCCGCGCGCCACUAUUGCGAUGUGGAAGCACAUUGACCGCCUGUCGCUGCAGCGCAACCAGCUGCGGGAGGUGCCCGAGGAGAUCUCCCAGAUGGACAUGCUGGAGCACCUGUGGCUGUACGGCAACAAGCUGACGAAGCUGCCCGAGGGCCUGGGCCAGCUUAAGAAGCUGUCCAAGCUGUGGGCCAACAACAACCAGCUCACCAGCCUGCCGGAGAGCCUGGGCAACUGCGAGGCGCUGGAGGAACUAUACCUCGCCAACAACCAGCUGACGUCGCUGCCGUGUGAGGCGCUCAUGGCGGGCUGCAAGCGGCUGUCCAAGAUCCAGAUCAACGGCAACGAGGGCCUGGAUCCAAGCAAGUUGCCGCCGGAGAUCCAGGAGAUGCUGCUGCUGUGAGAGGGGCGGGCAGCUGCAGCGGAGCGUGGAGGCGUGGAGCCGCAAACGUGUGUGUCCGCGUGACGUGAGGGGUGCAUGAGCCACCGUCAGCUCAGCCAAUAAAGGCCAAAUGAGUAAUGAGUAAUGGGCGGCCAAUUCAUGAGGCAUUUUUGGGGGAGAUGAUGGUUAAGGGGCGAAACAAGGGUAGGGGCGCGGGCAUCUUGGGCGGACGUGCAGUCGUGCAAUGCUGGGAAAUGAAAACGCGAGCGCGGUAACCAAGGUGGCUGGGGACGGGAGGGAUGCGGACGGGAGGGGUGCGUAUUGUGAACAUAAGCCAGCUAGCUGGCCAUAUACGGUAGCUCCAUGCUCUCCUCGCACACGCACUGCCAUUUCAGCGGCAGCUGUUGCGGCACGUGAGCUUAAAGGGUGUUUCGUAGCACGCGAGCUGCCGGCAUGGACCCUGAAUGGGUGCUGAUACAAUAAAGUGCCGAGCAAUACUGGCUCCUGAGCCGGCGUUGCAUGCACCCGUGUACAGUUUGCUGGCUAGGUAAGGACCUGGUAGGCUGCGCAGUAGGCGCUCGGGCGUCACAGCAUCCCGGUGGUUGCGACACGCGCAAGGGUGCGUGCAACCACAGGGUUCUUGCAAUUACAUUGAAUGGUUGUGUUGAAUCAAACAAGUUGAACUGCGCCACCUGCCAGUGCUGCGCACAAGGCAGGUGUGGAACAAACAGUAAGCUGGCGCGCUGAAUGUGUAGGUUGGCCCACGGCUGGCGUUUGACCUGUGCGGUGCGGCGGGCAAUGCCACACAAUUCUUCAUGCGAGAUAGUACUGCAUCCGUGCUCGUAUGUGUGAUGAGCGUGUUGUGCCUUAAUUGCUCCGGGGACGUUGAUUGCUUUUCUAGCACUUGACUGUGGAGGGGCUCAGCCCCUUUUCCCGUGAACGGGGAACACUUGUCUAGCACCGCAGCCGCAUGCAUGCAUCCGCGGCCGUGUGUCGUAUGUCACAGCUUCCAGGCACAUUCUUUUUGCGUGGAGGAACUGGAAUGGGGGAAUGCUAUUUGAUUCGGAAUCGUGGGCUUUGAAGGGCCGCUGGGAGCACUUUGCAGUGCUUGCAUGAAAGAGUGCACUUGACUUCGAAUUACUGCUGGUCUGCUGUAUACGUCUAGUGCCGCCAAGAGACGCGGCAUGCUGUAACGUUGGGAAAAGGUGAGGCCCUGGCUUAGACCACGGCUGUCGUCUCACACUGUCUCACAUGUAACCUCUUUCAGCU